GUCGCUGAAAGCGCAGAUUCCUAGACCCCAGAACUAUCUAUAUCCCUGUAACAACAAGAAACUAGGUCAAAAUGGGUGGCGGAGACUUGAACAUGAAAAAGUCCUGGCAUCCGCUGCUGUUGAAGAAUCAGGAGCGGGUGUGGCUUGAGGAGAAGAAAGCUUUGGAAGAAAAGAAGAAACUCGAGCAGCUCAGGAAGGAGAAGGAAGAGGAACGACAACUGCAGGAACUCCAACGGUUGCAAGAGGAGCAGACGGGCAAAAAGCGGACAGAGAAAUUAGAAUGGAUGUACGCAACGCCGGCGACAGGGAGUAGUACGAAUCCGAAUGACCUGGAGGACUACCUUCUCGGAAAGAAGAGGGUGGACAAGAUGCUGACGGCUGACGACAAUGAAAAGCUCGGAGCAUCCCACAAGAACUUCAUUGCCGUUCAGAAUGCCAACAGUGCUCGAGACAUUGCUUCCAAGAUCCGUGAAGAUCCUUUACUCGCUAUCAAGCAGCAAGAACAAGCCGCCUAUCAGGCACUUCUCAACAACCCUCUUCGCUUGCGUGAGCUGCAGGAGAGAACAGGCAUUAAGCUUCCAAAAGAUAAAAAGGACAAGAAGAAGGACAAGGAGGAGAGGAAGAGACGGAAACGUGAGGAGAAGGAGCGAAGGCGGCAUAGACAUUCUCGGUCCAGGUCUCCCGAUUCCCAUCGACGUUCACGACGCUCGCGCUCCCGUUCUCACAGUCCAGAUGGCCGCCGCCCAUCCAGGUCUCCAACUCCUCGAGAGUAUCGCAGAGAAGAUGACUAUGGACGCCGUUACAGGGAAGACUCGGAUCGACGGUCACGUUCAAGAGAGAGGGACGACUACCGCCGUCAUUCACAACCUUCACGUCUCCCACCACCACGGUCGUAUGACCGUGCUUCUGAUAGGUCAAGUAGUCCCGAGCCUCGAUAUGACGGCAAAGGCAAACGACCGCGGAGUAGGAGUCCCCGCUACGACGAUCCAUACCCCAAACGCAGUCGGUUCGAACGACCUGAACGCCCGCCUCCACCUUCUCGACCACCUCAAGACCACCGACCAUCCCAAUCCACGGCCGCCGAGGAUCGAGCCGCUCGCCUCGCUGCUAUGCAAGCCGAUGCACAGUCGAUGACUGUGGACCGGAAGGAGCGGCUGGCUAUGCUGUUGGAGAAGGAGAAGGCUGAGCUUGAGGCUGAUGAACGUGCUCGAAAAGAAUCCAAGGGCAUGAGCAGUUAUCUCAGCUUUGAGCAGAAGCGCGUGUUUGGGGGUACUGGAGGCUUGGAGGACAGGAUUCGUCGUGGUCGUGGUGGGAUGGUUGUGGAUGCGGACUAA